UUCCAAUGGGUGUUGGUAUUCUUUUACAACGUGGAACAAUGAAUAUAUCAAUAACACAAAAUACACUUUAUCAAUUUUUUCAUACAGCUAUUCAAAUAGGUUGGUCAUGGUAA